CCCUUUCUUUCACCCUCAUUGAUGAGUGGUGGGUGGGCCUGGCAGCAUACUGAUACAGUAGAGCUCAUUUCGGUUUUUAAAUGCAAAUGUCUUUAGUUGUUUGCAGUGCAUGAGCUUCACUAAAGGCUCCUGUCAUUACCUGGUAAAAUCUUCCCUCUUCUACAGCUGUUAUUUACGGAAAUGAUUGUGAGUAUUAGCUUCCACAGAAAAGGAUUUUACCUUGUGCAUCUUCCCUGGUCUUUCAGAAGUACUUUCUCCACUUUCUUCCUCUACUGUGUCUUGUGUCUGGUCCGGUCUGUCACCAUAACCCUGGCACUACAAAGGCAGUAUUUUUGCAACAGUGUCCAAAAUUAGAACAUUGCUGUCUGGACAGGUGCACUAGCAGAUCAGUAAAAACUGGUUGAAUUGAGCUCAGAGCAUAGAAGCCUGCGGGUCAUACUCCAGUUGCAUGGCAGUUACAAGUAGAACACAGCAAGGACCCAUUCUGGAUUAUGUCCAGUUUAACAUCUUUAUGAGUAAUCUGGAGGAGGAGCUGCACUGCAAUCAAACGUGCCUAGGGCACCAAACUGGGGGGAACAAUGGACAUUCUCAAGGGCAGGGCUGGAGGAAAGAGGCUGACAGCAACUGUAUCAAAUACAACAAGACUGGAGCACCGCCCCUACAAAGGCAAGCUGAGACCUGAGGCUGUCCAGAAGGUGGAAACCUCCAGUAUGUGAAGGAAUCCUAAGGAGAAGACAGCCAGGGCCUCAUCAGGAGCUGUAGUGAUAGGACAAGGGGGAAUGGGUACAAACUGAAAGAGGGGACUUAUCUUGGGCAACCUGGUCUAGCGGGAGAUGUCCGUGUCCAUGGCAGGGGGGGCUGGGAUUAGAUGAUCUUUAAGGGCCGCAAUUCCAACUCCUUUACAUUCUAUGAUUCUGUCAACAUGAGCGAGCGUGCCUUGCUGAAGGGAAGGCAAAGCCCCUGCCAACCGAACAAACCCACUGACCCUGUUUCGAGCAGGGGGGUUAACAGACACCUCCCGAGUUCACUAUUAAACCACGCUAUCCCGAUCCGGCAAUCCAACAAUGAGAGUCGUAUCCAGCUUUGGGGAGGGCCACCGGAUCUACGCCACCGCCACAUGGCGGUGGCUUCCACACGGGCAGGCGCGGCAGCACCGCCCAGCCCGGCCGUCCCGCCCUGCGCAGCUCGGCGGGGCCGCGGGGCGGGGCCGGGCCGCCGAAGCUGUUCCGGGCCGCCGCGCAGCCAUGGCGGAUGAGGAGGAGGACGUGCCGUUUGAAGAGGACGCGGAGGACGCCGCCGGGGGCCUGGACGGCGGGCAGGGCAGGAGGAAGAGACUGUUCUCCAAAGAGCAUGCUGGCGGCAUUCAGCAGUCAGAGGACAAGCUGUUGGAGUACUUGGGAGUGGUGAUCUAUGAAGCCCUGGACUGGGGAAUCGACAGCCAAGUAGAGAGAGAACUGAGCGAUCCUUUGGAGAAACUGCUAUGCCUCAUGUUGAAACUGGAUGAUGAGGCAACAAAACCACCAGUCACCCUGCAGGAUGUUAUCAAGCUGCACUUCUUUCAGGCCUGUGAAGAGCACUUGUCCAGGCCUUCUGAGGCUACCAGCCACUAUGAAAUGACCUGUAGGAGUCUAUUUACUGAAUAUAUGGAACUUCAGAAGCUUGUGACCAUCAUACAGACCUCCAAAGAGAGACUGAGAAAAAUGGAUGUGGAAGAUUGGCUGGAAAAUUCCAUUCAAAAGAAGAAAACACGUGAUGCAUCCCCAUGGCCUGAUGUUAUCUGUGAGCUCCAGGCUGGUGUGAGGCUGCGCAAGGCAGCUGAGCGACCAUGGCAUCGUGUGUCUCCAAAAGAACGUGUUCGCUCUCCCUAUGAGCUACUUUUGGAUGACAUUCGGCACAAGAGGUAUACCCUGCGGAAGGUGACCAUCAAGCAAAAGCACAGGGCCCUUAAAGUUGAUGUAGCUGCUCUCAAGCCUCAUCUAAAGCCGAUGUUGAAGGUGAAGCUGAAACAGUGUGUGCCACAGCAGCCCAGGUGGCAUGAACAGUUCAUGGCAGAAGUAAAACAACCACCGAAGCUUCGGGCAGCAGCACAGGAAAAGAGGAGCAGGCCCAAAGAAAUGCUUGUGGUGUCAAAUACUGCCUUGAACUCUUCAAGUGACAAUUUCUUACAUCUCCAAGAUGCCAGUACUGAGUUUAAAAUUGCCAGCACUAAAACACAGCAGCUGGGAGCAAGAGCUCAGGAAACCACUCCGCUGCCUGCCAGCACUUGCCUUCCCUCCACCAGGCCAUCAGGAGUAUCCUGCAUCAGCACAGAUCUCGCCGCAAAUCACGCGUCUCCUCCCAUGAGUGCACCCACACCAGGAGAUGUUAAGCCUAAGCAUUUCCUGAGCACUGGCCAACAGCAGCUGCCUCCUUACAGAAGAAGGUCCAAAUCUUUAGAGAGAGGCCUUCAAAGCAAGGAGCUUGAUUGUCCCUUUCCUACCAAGUGGCCAUCACCAACCAUUGCUGAGCUGAUUGGAACCAGAUAUGCAAUGAUGGUGCUGGAAAAGCAAGGCCUCUUCCAAGGAGGUAGUGAUGGAGUCUUUCCAAGAGCAAAGAUCUGUUUCAGCUGCCAUAAGCAGAUGUUUCUUAAGUGGCCUUACAACUGUUACCUCUGCAGCAGGGUUGUCUGCUGUGACUGCUGUGUUAAGAUGUCUGUGCCCUUCAGAACAUGUGUACAUCUCCCACUUCAAUUCCUAAAAUUCUUGAGGCUCUCCAGAGAGGAGGAUCCAGCUACUCAAGAGCAGAAGAGGUUUCAGUUGCUACAUGAAAUAAAGCACCAGCAGUAUUUUGGUGUACCCAUUGUUUUGGAGCCCCAUGGCCUAGCACAGUCCCUGUGCUGUUACACAGGGACCAUGGCAGACUGGCUGACUGCAGACAUCUGCACGUGGUGUGAGCAAUACCUGCUGAAUGUGGCUUCCAGUCAACAGCACAGCAUCCCUCUCAGGAGAAUUUCCUGGGCUUGAACCAAGCUGGAAUGAUUCUGCCCUACUUUUCUCCUGUCACUUGUUAUGUACCUGAAAUAAAUGAAACAGUUUUAUGCACUUACUGACAUAAAGGCCUAAAUGAAAGACCUCCCUGCUGGUUAGUCUAAGCAGGAAGCAUAGUUAACACUUCUGUAUUGUGAAGUAUUCUAAAGCUUUGUGGGUUUUAGAUUUUAAUUCUUUUUAUGUGUCUUGUGGAAAAUAAAUGUUGAAGCACUA